AUGCCGCUGGACUCCUCAAGCUAUAGCCUGGCUCAAUUCUCCACCCAAGCAGCAGCAGACGGCUCCUCCUACCUCGAAAUGGGCCAGACCAAAAUCAUCUGCACCGUGAACGGGCCCCAAGAGUCCAAACGCGGCGGCGGCAGCCGCGACCAGUCCAACGCCGCGCGCAUCGAAACCGACAUCUCCAUCGCCGGCUUCAGCGGCGUCGACCGCAAACGUCACGGCCGCGGCGACAAGCGCACGCAGGAGAUGCAGCAUACCGUCUCCUCGGCCUUCAGCAGCACGCUGUUCACGCAUUUGUUUCCGCACAGCACGAUUGCGAUUGCGAUACAUGUGCUUUCGCAGGACGGGAGUCUGCUGGCUGCGUGUUUGAACGCGGCGACGUUGGCGCUGGUGGAUGCUGGGGUGCCGAUGAGUGAUUAUGUGGUGGCGUGUACGACGGGGUCGACGGCGAGUUAUGCUAGUAAUGAUGAGGAGGCUGAUCCGCUGCUCGAUCUUAAUGGGUUGGAGGAGCAGGAAUUGCCGUUCUUGACGGUGGGGACGAGUGGUGGGGAGGACAAGGUGAAUGUGCUGAUUAUGGAGACGAGGGUGCAGAUGGGGAGGUUGGAGGCGAUGAUUUCGGUGGGCUUGGAUGGGUGCAAGCAGAUCAGAGGCAUUCUGGACGACAUUGUGAGGGAGCACGGGAAGAAGGCGCUCAAUUCAAGGGUGAACUGA